UCUCCCCCUCUCCCAAUCGUGAUUCAGGUGUUCCAAUCCCCUCCAUAUCAUGUGAUUCAGGUGUUCCAAUCCCCUCCAUAUCAUGUGAUUCAGGUGUUCCAAUCCCCUCCAUAUCAUGUGAUUCUGGUGUUCCAAUCCCCUCCAUAUCAUGUGAUUCAGGUGUUCCAAUCCCAUCCAUAUCAUGUGAUUCAGGUGUUCCAAUCCCCUCCAUAUCAUGUGAUUCAGGUGUUCCAAUCCCCCCCAUAUCAUAUGAUUCAGGUGUUCCAAUCCCCUCCAUAUCAUGUGAUCCUGGUGUUCCAAUCCCCUCCAUAUCAUGUGAUUCAGGUGUUCCAAUCCCCUCCAUAUCAUGGGAUUCAGGUGUUCCAAUCCCCUCCUUAUCAUGUGAUCCUGGUGUUCCAAUCCCCUCCAUAUCAUGUGAUUCAGGUGCGAUCCAAUCCCCUCCCAAUC